UGUAGCACGUUACUUGCUAUAAUUUCGUUUUUCGUUUUUAAUUCUAGUCAAAGUGAAAGAGCUUUCGUAUGUACUUUAAACUCCUAAAUUGAAUAAAAGUAUUCCCCGACUCGUACUGAAUUGCUCGGAUCAAUUUAGUUGAACGGAGAGAGGCCGGUGAGGAGUGUAAUACAACAAUGGAAACGGAAAAGGAAAAAGUUUCCGACAGCGACAGCGAGAAGAAUAGCGAAGAAUGCGAAGAGGACGAAGGCGAAGACAUGGUCGCGAAAGCCACAAGGGAACAAUUUGUUCAAAGUAUGAAGGCAAUGGAACAAGUUUGCAAAAUUUUGAGAUGUGUCAAAUGUGCCGGUAUUCCCACGCAGCCGAGGGAAAAGGUGUACACUUUAGGAAAUUGCUUCCACAAAUAUUGCGCUUCCUGUGUAGAAAGCAUGUCCGGGAAACCUUGUGUCGUAUGCGACGUCGUUGGAAGACUAAACAGUUCUUUGGAGGAAGAUGCAUUCUCGUCUUCAUUGAUUGAUGCUCUUAUGGCACUCAAGGAAGAGAUGAAAAACAUGUCGCGUGAAGAAUUGAAUGAAAUUGAACUUGGCGAUGAAGAGGCUUCACCACCACUUGAUAUCGACUUGGUGACUGGGGGACCCAUUGUGCCGAGGUCCGCGACCUCUGCUGAAUCAAUUUUUGGAUGGUUGAACGACACUACAGCUGCACAAGAUGAGAGUAGCCCUACGACUGACAACAUUGCCCCCACCAGUCCCCCCAAGUCACCGAUGGAUAACAACGUGAGAGAAAAUUCCCCAGAUAUGUUCGAGGAUUCUCAGCCUUCUCCUGUUGUUGCCCCCAAUGCAAGACAGAACAAAAAGCGCGCAAAUUGUUCUUCUGAUGCCAGUGACACUGAGGAUCCCCCAGACUUGGUUGCCGCCGACUCGCCUUCUAGGCCAACCAAAAAGAGUAAAAGUUCUCCAGAGUCGGAUUCGGAUGUUGAUGCUGCUGAUGAUGAUGAUGAUGACACGGACUUUGAAGAGGAUACUUUUAAUUCCACGCCAGAGAUGCCUAAACUGACUCGAAUGUCACCUGACAUUGACACAACCAUCGUUAAAUCCAGCUCGCAAGAGGCUAUGCCAGGUAACACCAGGCGCAAUUCUACUAGGUCGACCGUAUCAUUGGACUCUGCCACUACACCAGCAUUGGGGAAACGGCGUAAAAUCGCACCAAAGGCUAGUAGUCAACCUGUUAGUCUCAAAAGUACCAAACAUACCGCAAAGUCUAGCAGCAAGACAGUGGUGUCUGAUGAAACAAAAACAAUCUCGCCAUAUUCUACACCUAUUCCUGCAAAACGGGGUGAUGCUAUUAUUGGGAAUAAGGCAGACAGUCCUGCCUCACUUGGAUCUGCGUCAUUCUCGUCAACAACAGGCAAAGUGGACAAGAAAAAUGCAAAGGGAGAAACACCGCUCCAUAUUGCUUGCAGAUCUGGUCAGGUAGAAAAAGUGAAGCAGUUGAUACUUGCGGGGGCUGAUCCUAAUGUUCAAGAUUAUGCUGGAUGGACUCCUUUGCACGAAGCAAUAAAUGGAAAAGCAAGUCCCAGUUGUAAGUUCGAGCUAGUAAAAUUACUCUGUGAGGGUGGGUCAUGCAAUCCCAAUAUCCCUGGAAUGGAUAACGAGUCUGCUAUUCAUGAGGCUUCGAGGGGAGGUUUUCAAGAUAUUGUCGUUUAUCUUUUGGACUAUGGUGCUUCUCCAAACAUUCGAAAUCGAGUUGGCAACCUCCCACGAGAUGUUGCUGCCACUGAAGAAAUCGCUAAACUAUUCGAGGACUCUUCAAUUGGUGGAAACAGUCCUGACAUUUCUUUUGUCGAUGACCCGGUUGUCCUUGAAAUACAGUUGUCUAAUGCGCUCAUCUACUUUAAUUGUGAUGUUUCCCCUGAAGAGCUGUCAUAUGUUGAAAAUACUCUCAAAUUGAAGGUCACUAAAACCUUGCAGGGCGAAGUGACUCAUAUGAUAUUCAAUUGUGACAGCGAGAAGAAAGUGCAGUAUUCUUAUGACUACCUACAUGGAAUCGCAAAUGGUCUCUGGAUGUUGAGUAUGCAAUGGAUCAACGACUCAAUUGAAGCCAAGAAAGUCCUUUCUCCUAGUUCAUUUGAGGUUCAAAGUUGCGAUGUACUUGAAAGUGAAAGAAGUGCACCAACUUCUGCCCGAACAAAUAAAGAGCUAGGGAAUCCAGGACUUUUUCAUGGAUUUUGCUUUUACUUAUACAAGAAUUCUGCAUUCGACAAUAUUGGGAAAACCAUGUUGGCUGCGUUGGUCAAGUCUACUGGGGGUGAAGUUAUCAACCGAGAGCCGAAUCCCAGCGUCGUGGACCCAUUAGAGUAUCCGAUCCGAUUUCAUGUGCCGAAACAGGACAGCCACAAGCUGACUCUUACAUCUCACAUUAUUCUCUACGAUGAUAAAAACAAGCCUCCUGCGUCCAAAAUGCACAAUAUGGAACAUAUAAAGGUUCUUAAGGUUCGGUGGAUGAUUGACUCGCUGGGGGAUUUCUCUCUGAAGGAUCCGGACAAUUACCUUUCAUAAAUGAUUUCUAAUUCUCUACAACAUACUUUUGUAAUCAUAAUUCAAAUUAAUAAACCAUUGCUUAAUUUUUGACAGUUUUUGAAAAUAUA